UAAUUUCCAUUCCCUGCUAUGAUUCAGGGUUGCCCCUUGGAAUGAUGCAUCGACUCUGUUCUUGAGGUCAAUUCAAAGUCCCAAGCAUGGUUAUGCAUGCCUUGAAGCACUUCUUCUAGGAGAAGGAAAGAGAAAGGCUAAGAGCAGUGCGCUGACUUCAGGCCUCAUUGCUGAACCCCAACACAUUAAUCUGGAGAGGAACUGCUUAUUCCUGGGGGCCAGACUCUGGUGCUCCCUUUCCCCACCCAUUCCUGGUGCAUGGUUCAAGCAUUCUGAUUAGGACAAGCAAAGACAGCUGAUUGAUGGAUUUCAUUGCAGGAGCUAUUGCAGGUGGUGUUAGCGCUGGAAUGGGUUAUCCACUGGACACAAUAAAGGUGAGAAUUCAGACGCAGACGAAUUAUCGUGGAAUAUGGCACUGUAUCAUAGACACAUACAGAACAGAAAGCGUGCCAGGUUUCUACAGAGGUGUGUCAAUGACAGUUGUAAUGGCAUCAUUUAUUUCGUCUAUUUCGUUUGGCAUCUACAAAAACUUCCUUCAUAACAUCUGCAAGUUACGCUACGGCUCUGGAGACAGCAAGCCAUCCAAACUGGAUAUAUCUUUUGCUGGAGGUGCUACCGGUGCCAUCCGGGUUCUGCUUAUAUCACCUGCAGAGAUAGCAAAAGUGAGACUCCAGAUCCAGAAAGAGCCGCACUCCGCAAGUGGGCCAUCCCAUCUCUUGACCUCCAAGCCCAAGUACCAAGGGGCUGUGCAUUGCUUGAGGAUGAUUGUGAAGGAAGAAGGCUUUGGGGGUCUGUACAAGGGGUCAUUGGCCCUGCUGUGUAGGGACUGCCAUUCAACUGCGACCUAUUUCCUCACGUAUUCUCUUCUGUGUGAAUGGCUGACACCAGCUGGGAAAGACAGGCCAGAUCUGUGGGCUGUCCUUCUUUCUGGAGGCUCUGCUGGAGUAGUAGCCUGGGGUGUGGCAACGCCAAUGGAUGUCAUUAAAUCCCGGAUGCAGGCUGAUGGCGAGUGUCAACGCAAAUACUCUGGACUGAUGCACUGUGCCAGGGACAGCAUAAGAGAAGAGGGUGUGAAAGUUCUCUUCAAAGGUAUUGGCUUGAACUCCCUGCGUGCCUUUCCUGCGAACAUGGUAGUUUUCUUUACUUAUGAGGCUGUGCUUCGGCUUGGAAAACGUUUGCUGCAAUAAAAGAUUUAAUCGCAACCUAAGCCUUCA